GCUCUGUUCUCGAUGCCGUGUGGCCGUCGAAUUGGAAAUCGCGCCCACCGGCUGCUUGCCUCCUGACUGACAUCUCCCUGAAUCUCGCGCAAACGCGUACACGUGGCGCGCGCGCACCUUUUCGCCGCCGCCGCCAUCGGCAGGGCCUCUCCGUCUCACUCUCGCCCCCGACGACGCCAAUCGUCCACUCCUAUCCCGUCCCGUGCGUGGCACACAUAGGCGUAUUCCCCGGAGGAGUCGGGCCGACCGAGCGCAAGAACGCGCGCGCGCCUCGUCGGUAUUAACCUCCUCCAAGCUCUUGCAACCCGAGACCGAGACGUCGACAUCUGUUUGGCGGCGUAUGAGCGAUUGACGCCGUGAGUGCACGCGAAUUUUGCCGUCGUGGGACUGAUGAGAGAGGCGCCGAUACUGCAAGAUGAAAUGGUUAACGAUAGUGCUGGUAUUGUCGCUCGCCUGGAGUCGUGUACAUUCGUAUUUCAUCACCGUCGAUGCGCAUUCGGAAGAGUGCUUUUUCGAUAAAGUCGAGUUCGGCACGAAGAUGGGACUCACGUUUGAGAUAGCGGAGGGAGGUUUUUUGGAUAUCGACGUGAGAAUCGUUGCCCCCGAUGGUAAAGUUAUGUAUAACGGGGAGAAGGAGAGCAGCGGUAAAUUUACGUUUGCUGCGCACACACCUGGCAUGUAUACUUAUUGCUUUACCAAUCAGAAGGGCACCAUGACGCCCAAGGUCGUUAUGUUUAAUAUGCAUAUUGGAGAGAUUCCAAAGUCGGGUGGUGAAUUGGCAGCGGGUGAGUCACCGGAGGGUGAAAGCGCUAAGCUGGACGAUAUGAUUAAGGAGCUUAGCACUAGCUUGUGGAGCGUUAAGAACGAACAGGACUAUAUGCAGGUACGAGAUCGAAAUCACAGAGCGAUUAACGAAAGCACAAACUUCAGAGUGGUCGUGUGGUCGUUUUUCGAAGCCACGGCAUUAGUGUGUAUGACUCUAGGACAAGUGUAUUAUUUAAAAAGAUUCUUUGAAGUAAGGCGAGUGGUGUGAUGUAUUGUAAAAUAAAUACUUGAUAUUUGUUGCCCUAAGA